UCCCCCCCCACCUUUCUUCCCAGGCAAAGUGAAUCAAGUGCCGAGCGAAGCCAUAUCUACGUUGUUCCCAAUCGGAUACCCCUGAGGCUGAAAAGACGACGGUGACACCUAUUGAUGACAUACGCAACGUGCGACAAAAUCGAAUAGAUUGCAUGAUGGCGCCAGUUGGGAAGAAUAGAGCGACUCAAAGCUUCAAUAGCAAAGGAGGAAAAGAAAAAGAUCCGGCUGGUCUGAGUCGGAAGCAGCCCCGGCGAUGGGACGCGCGUCCGUUUAGGGGAAGCCUCCAGGAGGGUCAAGGCUUUGCCAUUUGGAGAAAACAAAAGAUUCAACGUGCCUACAAAAAGUUACUUAAAAAGGAAAGACAUGUGAAUCCUCAGAAGAAUGUUGGGUAUACUGAAGAUUAUCCAGAACAUCUGAAACAUCUUUACUUAGCUGAAGAGGAAAUGCUUCGGAAACAUCAGAAACCUAAACAUAAACCAGUAAUACUUAAAGAGAAGGAGACUGUAAUUUCAGAGACCAAUGUGAUUCAGAGAAAACCUAAAGCAAAAACUUCAAACCAGAAAGCAAAUGAGGAUUAUGAAAAAAUAAAGACUGAACGAAACGAGAAAAAAGAAACAGCCAAAAAAAGAAGAGAAGAAAGAGAGAAAGCUCAAAAACUUUAUAAACAGAAGAAAAUGGAAACAUACAAAAUAUUAAGUAAAAGGACUAGAAAAGGACAACCAAAUCUAAAUUUACAAAUGGAAUAUUUACUUCAAAAAAUUGAGGAAAAAGCAUAACUUGUCAUAUUGUUUUAAAUUAUAGACACAAAAAAAUGAUAAUAUGAACUGGUUAUGGACUUUUUUUCCCUAUGGCCUUUAAAUUUUGUAGUGUCAGCUCUUUUUAAAGUCUGUUAAGUUAUAAUGAAAAUAUUUUUGCAAAUGGAAAUCUACUUGCAAGGACUUUUAAAGUUUAAUUUGAAUAGGCUGACUAUAUUAAAAUGUUCUUUGUAUUUUUAAGAAAUACAGCUAAACUUUCUGAAUGUAUGUGGUGCGUUUGUACUGUGACUUAAAAACAGAUCCUUUUGCCUUAAUACAGGUAACCCUCAACAUACAACUGUUCAUUUAGUGACCUUGCAGAGUUACAUUAGUACUGAAAAAAAAUGACUUAUGACCGGUUUUCACACUUACAACCGUUGCAGCAUCCCAAUGAUCACAUGAUCAAAAUUCAGAUGCUUGGCAACUGACUCAUAUUUUUGAUGGUUGCAGUGUCCCAGGGUCAUGUGAUCACCUUUUGCAAUCUGACAAGGAAAAUCAAUGGGGAUGUCAGAUUCACUUAACUGUGUCACUACCUUAACAUUUACAGUGAUUCAUUUAACAACUGUGGCAAGAAAGGUCAUUAAAUGGGGCAUUAACAGAAAUGUUAGGCUUCAUUGUAGUUGUAAAUUGAGGAUUACCUGCACAGUUUCUAUGUGGGCAUGCAUAGAAUCGCAUUGCUGUUUUCAAUACAACUGGUCUUUGGUUUAGUUUAAAGUUUGCAGUACUUAGUUUUCCUCUGUUCUUUGUUUUCUUUUGCAUACAUACAUUCAAAAAUUCACUUUAACUGACUAUGAACAAAGUGUUCUUGGCAUAACUUGAUAAAAUACAGAAAUAGAGUUUGUAAAUGUUUGCCAAAUAUAGUGUAAUUAUUACUAUGAUAAACCUGAGCAUAUAAAUGUAUUUAGAGAAAAAUUGCUUACAGAAAUAUAAUAGAAUUAUUUUUAAAAAAACAUAAGAAUAUAUGGGAUUAAUGGGAUCUAGUUGGAACAGGGUAGGAAAAUUUUGUGUAUGCAAUGUAUAUCUAGGUAUAGAUAACAUUCAACACUGAAAAUUAUAAUAAAUAGUUUAGUAGUACCGUUAGCAACCAGAUGCCUGCAUACUAGUAGGUCAAUACUAUUAAAUAUUUCAUAAGCAAUCCACAGUACUAGCUGAGGCAUUUUUCUAAUAUUUUGCUCAAGAAUUCUGUAAUGAAUUGCAAUAAUUUAACAUACAGUCAUGUGAAAAAGAAAGCCUCUGAGUUCCAUGGCUUUAUGUAUGAGGACAUAGUAAAAAUCAUCUGGUCCUUAGCAGUUCUUAAAAGUAGGUAAAUACAACCCCAGAUGAACACCAACAGCUCAUGAUAUAUUACACCAGAGGUGUCAAAACAGGCGGCCUGCAGGCCAGAUGCAUCAGGUGCAGGCCACGCACACCCCAGCUCCACAAAAGGGUAAAACGUCGCAAUAUGGCAACAUGACGCCACGAGUUUGACACCCGUGUAUUGCACUAGAUCAUGUUUUUACAAAAAGCCAAAAUUGAGAAGCCAUGUGUGAAAAGUACACCCUUACUGUUUCCAUAGAUAGGAAGAAGCUAGAGCUGUGAUUGCAAUUUUUCCCCAUCCCUUUGCACUAGAAGGAAGUUACUACCAGGUGCAGGGCUGUUCAUCAUCCACACUUGUUCUAGCACCAGAGCUUUCCUAUUCUGAAUUGGAAGUAUAUCCAAAACCAAAAGGAAACAUCAUCUUACUCUCUCUAAUUCUCUCAGAUUUUCUUUAGACAAGUCAUUCAUUUCACUUUAGUCUCUAUAAAUAGCACAGUAUGCUAUAUGCCAUGAUGGGAUAUAGGGAUAUCAUUCUAUAUAGGAUAUAGAAUGAUAGGUUUCAGCUACAGUUGCCUCACAUGGCUUUGGAAAACAGACUCGCAGAAUGCUGUCCAGUGAGAUGAAGUAUAUAUCGACUAGUAAUCUAGAUGCUAGAUGUGAUAGUACGGUACGUUAACAUAGGUAAUCCUAUGUUAACGUACCCAUCACAUCUAGCAUUCUGAUGUUCUGCUUUGACAACAGUUUUUCUCACGAUCUAAGUCAGUAUAACAGUGCUAAAUCUAAAAUAUAACAACUUAACAUGAACAAAUAUAGCAUGUAUGAAGUAAGGCCCUAUGUUCUUGGACUUGCAGAAGCAGCUUGAUUUAGUGGUUAAGACACCAGGCUAGAAACCAGGAGACUGUGAGUUCUAGGUUCUAGUCCUGCCUUGGGCAUGAAAGCUAGUUAGGUGGCUAGUCAGUCUCUCUCAACCCAAUCACCUCACAGUCUAGUUGUGGCAAAUAGGAGGAAGCAGUAUUAGAUACAGAUAGUCUUAACUUAGAACCAUUCAUUUAAUGACCAUUCUAAUUUACAAUGGCACUGAAAAAAAUUAUGACCAGACCUUGUGCUUACAACCAUCACAGCAUCCCCAGGAUCACCUCAUGAAAAUUCAGGCACUUGUCAAUUGGCAUAUAUUUACAAUGGCAGCAGCAUCCUGAGAUCACGUGAUCAUUAUUUGCAACUUUCUUAGCCAAUUUAUGACAAAGUCAAUGGGAGAAGGUGGAUUUACUUAACUGUGAUACAGUUAACCAUGGCAAAAAUGAUUGUAAAAUUGGGUGCAACUCAUUUAAUGACUGUUUCAGUAACAGAUGUUCUGGGCCCAAUUGUGGUUGUUAGUCACUGACUACCUGUUUGUUGCCUUGAGUUAUUUACUGACUACAUGUUUGCUGCCUUGAGUUAUUUAUAAAAAUGACAGUGUUGGGAUAUGAAUAAGUAAAUAUAAAAUAAAAAGUUCUUUAGGUGGAACAUUCUGAGUAAUAAUA